AUGGAUACCGUAACGCUGGAACGGUUCGAGCUUGUCGGCCCUUUGGGGAGCGGCGCCGAUUACGACGUGCGCGCCGCAGUGGACCGGGAAACCGGUGAACCGGUGGUACUGAAGCGGCCCUCUCCGCAAUCGGUGAGCCGUCAGAUGCACGGCCCCGUCGAGGAACGCACCGCGCGAGCGCUGGAAGCCUACGAAAGCGCCGGACAGUAUUGCGACUCGGUUCCCCGGGUCGUAGGCAUUACCGAAGUCGCCGUUCACGACGAGUAUUUCGGCGAAGAUCUGGGCCAUCCCUACUCCGUUCGGGUUGAGGAACGUGCCGGCGGGAUCCCGCUGGUCGGAGACCCGAGGAGCCGCAUCUUGCGCGUGCCCAUCGGCCUGGGCCAGAACCUCUUCGCCCUCCACCCACUUUCUCUGCCCGAUAUGGUCGCUGAUUGGCCGGUCCAGACGCAGUUGUUGGAAGCGCAGGAAAUCUACGCCAACGCCGGCUACGCGCUGCUUGAUCUGGGUCCGCACAACGUGUUCUAUUCGCCGGGUACCGGCCGGAUCGCGCUGGUCGACGCCAGCGCGCUGGUCGGACACGGCGUGGAGAGCAGCCAGGGAAAUCGCGGCCCCCAGGACAUCCAUGAUUUCUACGUUGAGAUGGUGAAGUUUUACCUCGCGCCGCAACUCCCCCCUGCGGACACCGCGGGCUACUUCGACCCGUACAACCAGCGUCCGGUCAUUUCGGUCGAGGAUGAGUGCGACGACUUGGUUCGCUCAUUUGCGGCAUCCGACGAUCAACUGCGAGAAACCGCCACCGCGUGCAUACAAAAAGUCAGGCAACGGGGCUAUUCGGCCGUUUCCGAUUUCGGAGCGGACUUGCGUGAAUGCCUGCGUCUGAUUAACAUCCGAAACGACCGGAUGCCGGACCGGCCAGCUGCACUGGAAGCGUGGCGCGGCGCGCUGCACCGGCUCUCUGAAGACCACUGGACACGCUAUCAAUUCGACGCACAUACUGAGUUGGCCGCACUGGCCGGCUAA